AUGAUGACCUUAGACAGAAGGAUGACCUUUGCCAAACAUAUUAAGUAUGUGUGCGAUAAGGCAAAAAAAGUUAUUAAAGCCCUCAACGCCAUACUCCCUAACGUCGGCGGACCACAAGCAAGUAGGAGAAGAGUUCUCGCUAUGAGGGUGCAGUCGGUGGUACUAUAUGGGGCGCCCGUAUGGGAGGAAGCUCUGGGCUAUCUUAAUAACAGACGGAUAACCCUGUCUAGAGAGGAUGAAAGGGAGGUAUUCGGAGGGGUACCACAGGGAUCGGUUCUGGGUCCGACUCUAUGGAACGUGCUGUAUGACAGUGUCAUGGAGCUUCCGGUCCCCGAGGGAACUGAGCUGUGCAUCCAAGGCAGCAUCAUGUCCUCAAGCGGCGACGAGAGCGACCGCAGCAGAUCCCCGUUAAGCCCGAGGGAGAGGCCCCGACAUGACUCGAGAGAUCGAGAUUAUGACAGGGCCGCUCUCCUCCAGGCCAACCUAGCGUCUCAGGAGAGAAUGACGGCGCAUUUUCAAGAAUGCCUGGAACGCCAAGCCGCCCAAGCUGCCGAGAGGGAAGCGCAGCAGCUAGCCAAAGCCGCCGAAAGGGAAGCUCAACAGCAAGCCCUGGCUGAAAGAAGGGGAAGCCCGCCUUCAGGAAACAAUUCUUCGACUCACGGAGGAAAUUAA